AUGCAAGUAGCAGUCCAUCAAGAUGAUGCUGAUAUUUUAUUAAAGCAAAAAAACGUUUUAGACGAAGCAAUUAUAGAGAAAUAUCGAGUUGCAGGUCAAAUAACUCAAACUGGUUUACAAUAUGUAAUAUCAUUAAUCAACAAUUCAUAUCAUUUAAAAACCACCGACAAAUUAACUAUUCAACAACUAUGUUUAUUAACAGAUUCAUUUUUAAUGGAUUUAUUAUCAAAGCAAUACGUCAACAAAGUUAAUGAAAAGGGAAUUGCAACACCAACUACUUUAAAUGUAAAUGAAUUAUUAAAUGGCUUUGCACCAGAAAUUGAUGAUGAGAGAGAUUUAUAUUUAAGUGAAGGAGAUGUAGUAACAAUAAGUUUAGGGGUACAAAUAGAUGGUUACACUUCACAAGUAAGUCAUACAAUAGUAAUAUAUCCAACAACCGACUCAAAACCAAAUGGUCCAUUAUUAGGAAAUAAUGCAGAUGCCAUUUGUGCUUCUUACAUUGCAACAGAAGCAGUUGUUGCUUUGUUGAGUUGUUCAUUAUCACCAGAGAAAUUACCACAACAAUUGAAAAACACCAGCAAUACAAUAACAGGUAGUCAGAUACGUCAAUUAGUUGAUGCUAUAGCAGAUGCAUUUAAUUGUGUGGUUGUACCAUGUUCAAAAAUUAGAAGAGUAAGAAGAUUCUUGGCAGGACAAGCUGAAGGAAUAGUAGCAGAACGUGAUUUUAAAGGUGUUGUAUGGGAUGAAUCACAUCAAGAGGCAAAUUUUUUGAAACAAGGAUCAAUGGAAAUAAGUACAGAAGUUAAAAAACCAAAAUUAACAAACAGUUCAUCAGCUAUACCAACUGAUGAAUUUACAAUAACUCCAGGUGAAGUAUAUCAAAUUGAAAUCAGUAUGAGUGGAUUAAAUAAUGAAUUAGGAAUUAUAACUACAGAAGAAAUCGAUAAUUUCUCAGGUAAAAAUUAUAAACAAGAUUUUAAUUCAAAAGCUUCUAUUUUUAUACGUGAUUUUGCAGUAAUUCAUCAAUUAAAAUUAAAAACUUCAAGAAAAUUAUUAGGAGAAAUUGAUAAAUCAUUUUCAGUUUAUCCAUUUAAAUUAGAUUAUGCAAGUAAUUCAUUUCCGAUAAAAUUUGAAACUACAGAAGAAGAAAUUAAACAACAAAUUGAUCUUGUUAAAAAUGAAUUAAAAUCAUUUAGAUUAGGAGCAGCCGAAUUAACUAAUCGUCAUUUAAUUCAACAAAAACCAAUUCAAAUUACAAAAUUCAUUCCAUUAAAAGAAAUUUUAUUAACUUCAAAUCCAACUGGUAAACAUGGUAUCGAUGCUUCAAAGCCUGUAUUACCAGGUAUGGAAAUUCCAUUACCACAACUAGGUAUAUCAUCAAUAAAAUUAAAAUCAUUAUUAAAAUUAGGUUCUAAUAUAUCAAAUGUUAAAGAAUCAACAACUAUAUUAAUAAAUCAAGAUUUACAAGAAGUUGUUAGAUUAAAUGGUGGUGAAACUUCAAAAGUUAAUUGGAUUCAUUCAAAAUAUAAAUUAUCAAAUGAAUUAAUGGAUAUUAUAAAUCAUUUAAAUCAAGUUGUAAAAGAUAAAAGAUUUGGUAUCAAAUUAAAAGAAAUUAAUCCUUAUAAAAUUAAACAACAUAAUUUAGCUGUUGAAUCAAUGCAAAUAGAUUAA